GGGUUGCUGUGGAGACCGGCUAAACCAGGGGCUGGCCACCAGUUUGCAACAGCCCAGUGGGGUGGAGGCGGAGGAGAAGGAGGAGGGAUCGUUUAUUCACCAUGCAAUGCAAGGUGCUGCAUCGGCUGGAGCCCGAGCAGGCACAACAAAGGUGCAAGGCAAAGCAUCCCAGGCAGCAGGCGUUCCAGCAGAUCAAGUUGUAGCCUUUGAUCACACAAGAAAUGCCCAGUCCUGUUUCUUUACCAUUACCUACAUUCUUCCCUGGAGAGAACAGCAGAGGAGAAAUAAUUAAACCACAGAAAAAGAUCAAGUAUUUUAAGGCAAGCCCUCCCUGGCUGAAUGAGGACCAGGUUUCCAUUCCUCAUGUGAGUCCACAGUGAUUAUUCUGGAGAUGUAUCCGUGCCUCAGUGUGAGUACCCAGAUGACAGAGCCCUGCAGUCUGUGGCCAGGACUUCUGAACACCAUCUGAGCAGUCUGCCAACUCCCUCAUCCUUCUGCCCUCUCCCUUCUAACCACAUCAGCCUAUUAGACCAUCCAUGUCGUUUUGCUAUGACAUACAUCAACAUUGAUGAGAGGCAGGAACACUGUCGGGUAAUUUUGAGCUGCCAGAACAAUCAGCUGUACACACAACAUGGCUUAAAGGAUUUCUCAGUUAGCAGCAUGCAUCCACUCAAGAACUUAGACUCUCGUAUUUUUACUAGAGAUUUUAAUCCUGGAAGCAAAGGAGACAGCAAUACAGAGACACACCCGUAUCGAAGUGUGGAGAAUCUGCACUGGGCCACAGUGGCUGAUUCAAAUUGUCAUCCACACUGUGGAAAUGUGGACAAUGAACUUGUUUUCCAUUACAAAGGCACAACGCAUUGGUCCAAGUAUUCCAUGGAAAGUGCCCCAUCCCCCAGCUCACCGGAAUGUUGCCGCCACUUUCCUCUUCCUCCUGAGCGAGUGCUCCCUACAGCGCGAGACAUAGCCCUUCCCCCUUGUGCCAAAGUGCCUCCAUGGCUUUUCUCCUCGUAUAUAGAUGGGGAUGUCAAAAAAACCUUGAAGGAGAAACUUAGGAUUCACAGUACUAAAGCUACCGAGAUUUGCAAGCCUCUUAGACCACAAGCUUCCUUGAAUGACUUGGUUGCAAGGGAGUGUUCUGAAUGCCGUGCAUGCCAGCAAUACAAGAAUGGUUGCUCGGUUAACUGUUGCACCAUAUUUGUGCAGCAUGCUACCCUCGCUCAUGGACCAUGGAUGGCCCUGGGGAGGCAUCGCCCAUGUUUUUCUCGCAGACUGACCAACCCAGAAGAUAUCAAACAAGAAGCUCAGAGAAGGUUGCAGAUCAGGAGGCAGAACAGCUCGCCCAACCUGACUCUCCAUUGCACCAGUGAAGGCCAGGAGAUGGUAAAAUCCCAAACUACUGGAUCCUUCAAGGGACAUGAGGGGGAAGGGGACACCAAAGGGAUACUGGAAUCAAGCAGAAAAGCAGACUGCAAAGAAAGACUGUACAUACCUACCUUUGAGGAGUUCAAGAAGAUGCGAAUCAAGGAAAUGUGUUUUCUUAACAGCAGCAAUGAAGUAACAAAAAAUGUCAAAGAAGGAACCCAAAAGUUAGAAGAGAAGAGAAACCAGAACAUUUGUUCAGGUGCCCAGCAGGAUCUUGCCAAAGAAAUGGUUUCAGCAAUAGAUGAUUAUGAUGAUGUGUUUCAUGAAAAUACCCAGAGCACUCCAGGCUUUGCGGACAGUACAUCGACAUGGGACAGGAGCUUCUGCCUGAUUAACAUACCUGUGGCUAGGGGCAAAAAUUACGAGGUGCCAGUUUCAGAUACGAUCCCUGUUCCCAUUUGUUCUAGCCCCAUUCCAAGAUCACCUCUCCAGUCUGCUGCAGUUCUUAGGGAGGGAGAGAAAGCAUUUGUUGAAGGGGAGAAGCAGGGAUUGGAUGCAAGACAACUAAGCAAAGUCCUUCACCAGUCUGAAACCCAGUCAUCUUGCUGCCCAUUGCUAUUAGAAGCGACAGACAUAUCCAGCUAUGGAGCUAAGCUGCAAAAAAUGAAGGAUGAGUUUAUAGGUUCUGCACUGGACCUCAUUAAGAAGAGCUGCAGUGCCGAAACUGCUCCUGAACCCCCAUCAAAAGGAUCAUGCGAACAUAAGAAGUCUGAUCUCACUUUUCCAGAGGACUGUCAUCAACCAACAAGCUCCAGCCCCAACUGCCGCAGAUCCAGUUCUGACAUCUCCUACGAAACUCCGGACUGCACCAGAGCUCAACGGGAGUGUCGGUUACGGCCUCAUUUCAGUGAUCCGAUGCCGACAGAUGCUGUGAAGAGGAAACAACUGGAGCUGAAGAUAGCAGCAGCAGCUCGGCAACAUGCCCAGAAGCGCCGACAAGAGAAAGACCCCAGCCCAGUAGUGUCUAAAGCCAACAUCAACCAUGGCAGCAACCUGGAUGAGAACCGCCACGUUCAGGGUGGCUCCCUUCGUUCCAAACACCGCUGGAGCAACGUCAGCAGUCUCAGCACUGACAGUGGAAUUGUGGGCGGGAGUGAUGAGAGGGACAAUGCUGAUGCUAACAGUGGAGGGGCGCCAAGGAUGAGAUCAGCUGAGAUGGAGCGGGCGGACAGCGGCAUCAGCCAAGUGCUGAGUAGGAAAUGGAGGAGUAGGGCAUCUGAAACCUUGACUUCCCUGCAGGCAUGGGAAGCCCACCAGCCCUGCACUGACUGUGGAGGGAGAGAUUUCCCACUGGAGACGGAUGUUCAGAACCAGAACAAGAGGCGGGCCAACCUCUGUGAGAAGUGCCUGAAGUGCCGUACAGAGCGGAAGGAGUCAGUGCUAGAGUUUGUUAAUACCGAAGCCAGCUACGGGGAGGACUUGCGCAUCAUCAAAGAGGAGUUCUAUCUCCCCAUGCAAGCUGCUGGCCUCCUCACGCAGGACCAGUUGCUGGUGGUUUUCAGCAACAUACAGGAGCUGAUUGACCUCAAUGAAAACUUUCUGGAGUACCUGCAGGAAGAGAUUGACCAGGCCUUUGAGCAGGGUGAUGUUGACCUGAUGACUGUAUGCAUUGGCGAAAUAUUCCUGGAGUUUGUCAAUAUGUUGCCUGCCUUCCAGACCUACUGCCUCCAACAGUCUUCUUCAGUGAACAUGCUCAAUGCAUUGGAAAAAGAGAAGGAACUACUCAGGAUAUUCCUCAACGUUUCCCAGAACGACAACACAGCACUUCGCCGCAUGAAUCUGCGGUCCUUCCUCAUGGCUCCACUGCAGAGAGUCACCAAAUACCCACUUCUGCUGAGCCGCAUCAUCAAAGCCACCAUUGAGUACCACCCAGAUCACAGCAGCCUGAGGGAGGCCAAGAGCCGCAUUGAGUCCCAUCUGGAGCACAUCAACAUGAAAACCAAGCAAGAAGGGAACUCGUGGACGCUGCGCUCCUUCCGCCAGGACAGCAAGAAGAACAGGGAAGUCAUUAACAUUGAAAUGAGGGAGACAGCCAUCAAGACAGUGGGCUGGCUGCGGGAAGAAACACGCUUUGUUAUGGAAGGGCCCCUACAACUUGCUCAGCCACCAGAUGGACAGUGGGUGAAAAAGGGCAGCAAGACCUUGAAAUUCCAGAACAUGCAGGUGCUCCUCAUGGUUAACAUCAGACGUGCAUCCGAGUCUAGCUUUGAGCCCGGGGAGCCAGGGCCUGUGAAAGAUGCAGUCCUGGUACUUAUUAGGGACAAGAACAACGGGAAGUUCAGUUUGCUCAGGGAGCCCUUGAGACUUAGUAACUGUGUGGUCUCUGUGGAUCCUGACUGUGAUGACACAUUUGAACUUCUGGAGAUCAGGCGGGAGUCCUUUGUGUUCCGAGAUGGUGACAAAGCACGGACUCACCAUUGGUUCCGGCAGAUACGGAGAUACUCUCGGGAGCUGGGUUCCUGGAAGAAGCGGCGUAAUGCCCUACCCAACAUCAUGAUAAGUGCAUCCCACAAUAGGUCGUGAAAGGAUCUCAACUGUGAAAUGACUUGGCUAUGCUCAGAAGUACCACUAGACCUGCUUUGGGGCUGCAUUUCAUCCUUGGCAUAGCUCUGUUCUUUUAGUAGAAUGGGACAAAAAAUGAACCUCACCUGGCCAAAUAGCAUCAGCGCUACCUAUGAUUUCACUUCUACUGAGAAGGACUUUAUAACAAAUAUUACUAAAUCAGUGUUUCUCAAAUUCUAGGAAAAUGUGCCCUGUUUUUAAAUUUACUAGAUCUUCCACACAACCCAACCUAGAAACCUCAGUGGGUAUACCUACCUAGUUCCUACAGCCUUUAUGCUACUUUGGUCCCAACUGUCUGGCUCCUACACGCUUCUGCGCAUGCGCGCGCACACACACACACACACACACACACACUGCUUUUCUCUCCUUCUUCCCCUCAAACUGUUUCUUUUUCCAGCUAGUACACAGACUCUGCCCCAUGCCACAAUCUCUAGCUUGAGAUAGACCACAGCAAUCAGCGCCUUGCAGUUCCAUUCCUCUCCACUGAGGAAGAAACUCCUUGACCCUCUUCUACUGUGUAUCCUAAACCUUGUUAUAAGACUGCUACUUGCUACUAAUAAGAUACACCAAAUUUUGUCCCCUCUUUAGGGAUGUCUUAUACACCACUUCUGGAGGCCCACAUUCCCCAUUUUGAGACAUACUGGUUUACAUACAGUGGGGUGCACUGCCCGUGGAAGAGUGGGAUGUACACACUGGCUCUGUAUGCUCACCAGUGCUGCUAGCAAUCACACAGAGCCUCGAUGGCUCCCAAGGAUUGUGUCAUUGCUGUAGCAAUGCUGUUCCCAUUGGGAAUAACUAGAACAUUGUCACUACAGCCGUGACACAAUCCUUACGAGCCACAGCAGCUCUGCAUGAUUGCUAGCAGUGUCGGUGGGCUUUUCAUACAGAGCCAGCACACGUGCCCCUCUUUUCCAUGGGCAGCAUGCUAUGCUUUAUGUAAGCCACUCUCCUAAUGGGUGAUAAAGUGAGACUUUGUGGAAACAGCUGUUAUAAGAGUCUACAAUCUUGAAAGGAAGCAGGUAGCUGAGCCAUUAUUUGCGGUAAUUUACUCAGCUGGUAGCAAUAGGGAAUGUGCUGUUGACUUGAAGACUACCUGUAAAUGCUGGAAAGCUAAGUAUAAGGGAGCACACAUGAACUGUGAGAAGGCAGGCAGUUUUCUGUACUGGCAAGCAAAGAGAAUCACAUCAACAGAACUUGACAACUGGCCUCAGGAGUUAUCAAGAGGAGGUUCUAAAGUAGUAGUGUGGUUGGAUCUAGAUUAUGGGCAAUGAUAACCUUUUGCACAUUUGUAAAUAGGUAUGACAGCAAAGAUGACACAAUGUUGUGUUGUCUAUCUGGGGUCAAAUAGGCCUUAGCCUCUGAAGACUUGUUCAAGGGGGGGGCAGGCCCUUCAGACUUGUGACCUGCUAGGGAAGGUAGUUAGAGGUUGUUGGCCUCAAAUCACGAUGAGCAGGUCUCUAGAAAGAAAAUAUUGAGCUAAUAUUGUUAAUAUUGUGUGGCUAAGAUAAAGAGUGUGAGAUGUUUGACACUGCAUGACUGUGCUGGGAAAAGGAAUCUUGACAAUAUAUGAUAAGAGAUUUCAUUGUGCAUAUAUUAUAACAGCAUUAGGCAACAUCCAGGUCAAAUGUAGAGCAGUAUUAAUCCAAUAAAGGAGAAUGUGUAAUUAUCUUCUAAUUUCAGCUUGCUCUCCAAGGAAACCUUUCCUUUUGCAGGUGAUUCCUUUUGCUGGUGGCUUGCUUUUCUUUUUUCUUUUAAACUAUUCAUUUUUCUGUUAAUUAGUUUAACUUCUACCCUCAAGCCCAGUAAGUCCCAGAGUACCAAGUUAUACUUUGCAAUGAAUGCAUGUAAAUGGAAAGGGAAGCUGAAACAUAUUGCAUUCACCCAUCACAAACAUUCCAGAAUAUCUCUAGAAUCCUGUGGAUAAGCAAUACUCUCUCCCUUUUAAGAUCACUGGAUAUUUUUGUUAUUGGUUAACAAAUGCAUUGUAGAACUCCAAGGAAUGUGAUACAUCAGAAAUAGUUCUGAACUGUAUGUCUGUUAACAAGGCUCAAUUACCUCUUCUAGUUUGUGAUUAUUUAAAUGAUGUAAUCUAGUGCAUUUCAAAGAAUUUAAUUAAAAAGGAAUCCAUUACAUUACUGUAGAUUAACAUGAUAAAAACUUUUAAUAAUUUGUUUCCUUGA